AUGGGAAACACCACCAGUGGGGCCACGCACACUGGAAGAAGUCAAAGGUCAUUAACACUGGGGCUCCAGCACCCGACCCCCAGCCCCAUCAGACCAAGGGAACCCGCACACCAAGGUGUGGGACCAGAGGACCCGAGCACGCUAACCCCAGCAGUGGAGAAACCCAGAUUCACCAUUCAGGAUCAAGACUCCACAAUGAUCGGAAACCAGGCUGAAAACCAGGCUGAGCCGCCUGCCCAGGCUGGAAACCAGGCUGGAAACCAGGCUGGAAACCCGGCUGAGCCACCUGGAACCAAGUUGCAAGUCAAGCUGCAGAAGAUGGCUCCGGAUGUCCCCGAGUACUUCAUGGUCAACCCCAUACGCCAAGAACCAGCCUUUCAGGCAGAGGACGAGGACUUGGACCCCAGCUGCGCGUGCCUGUGCUGCUGGGACGUGCUGGUGGACCCCGUCACGCUGCUCUGCCAGCACACCUUCUGCCUGCACUGCCUGGCCCUGUGGUUCGACGUCUCCGAGAGGGACGUGUGUCCCCAGUGCUUGGAGGAGUGGUUCAUUUAUCCUGAGAUCGACGUGGAGCUGAGGGACACCGUUAACGGGCUCUUCUACAGCAGCGUGCAGCGCCGCAGAUCGCAGAUCCAGCGCGAUGCCAGGAUCAGCCGCAGUCUGAGGCGACUGGAGAGAACUGUGCUCAAUGGAAGAUGGAAGGUGUUGGUGUCGUUGAUUCGGGAGAACACCAAGAUGCAAGACAAGCAGGACCAGCUGACGACUGAUCCCGCCACAAAGUGGAAUCCCAACGAUGUGGCGUCUUGGCUGGACAUGAUGGGGCCGUGGGCUGAGCAGUACAAGGAGGCCUUCAAGCAGGGGAUAGACUAUGGACGAAGCCUGGUGAUUCCGGAGGAAGACCUGCAGAAGCCUGUCUUCAACAUGGAAGAUAAAACCCACGGAGACGUGUUCUUGGACGAACUGAAGACACUCUGGGAAUUCAAGGUGCCCAUUGAUCAGAAGUCUCUGUUCCUGAUGCUCGCAAUGAAGUUCUCCCCUCGCCUCACCAUGCUGUACCUGUACGUGUUUGACUACUACGACGCCUUCCUGCCCUUCCUGCACGCCUGCUGUCCCAACACGGAUGCCAGCAGCCCGGUAAAGCACACUCAUCCUGUGCUUCUGUGUGUUCUCCAGAUGGAUACGACCUGGCUGCAGUGGGCGGAGUUCCUGUUCAAAUACUGUGUGCUCCCGUUCCAGCUGGCCGGAGAGUACACCUGGAACCUGGUGUCUGACCAAUCCUGGACCUUCUUCUUCAUCUUCCUCAACGCCAUGCUGCUGUCCGUGCUGGAGUUCUGCAUCCUCUUCAGGCUGUUUUUCUUUUCCAGCAUCAGGGAUCUGUGCACGGAGUUUGUCAUCCACGUUCGGAAUUGGCUCGUCAUCGCCGCUGUCGUCGCUCUCGUCUGGCACUGCAUCUCGCAGUUUACGUUCCACUGCCUCGUCUUCCUUGGGCUCUUCCUGAGUCCCCUCAUGUCCUUCCACAUGCUCCUGAGGAUGCUGCAGUUCCCCGAACCGUAG